GCCAGAUUUGAUAAAGUUUCAGGCUGUCAUCGGCCAUGUCCUGGAAUUCCAGAGGAGGUGAGACUUUGUUGUCUCAGCCGGAGUAUCCGAACUACGGCGAGUAUCUCACGACGCAGGAAGCAUAUGCUGAAGGUUCCGCUGCCAGAGCCCAUGAUUCACACCCUGAGGACGACGAGGUGGCCCGGUUUUUCGUGGCUGGCAUGGCAAAGGCCGAUGAGGAAGGUUUGAACCUCUUCGCCCAGGCACCCGUCCGAGUACCUUGCCGCAGCGCCACACCUAGUCGCCGAAAUCGAGUGGUGCCCAAGGACUACGGAAGUGAAAGGCCGCAGUGGAACAGUUCGACCGUCCCUAAACCUUGGUCUCUGGAGGGCUUCAAGGCCCAGCGUACUCCUCUGGCAGCCUGGGCGUUGAAUGAGGAUCGCAGGUCGCUGGAGACACAGGCGCGGCAGCGUCGUGUGCACGUGAUGAACAGCGAAUUGGCGCGCUACAUCCGGCGUGAUCAGAUGUCGGUCGCUGUAAACUUUCCACACGCCCUGGCUGGCGCAGUAAGACCAUGCAGCCGGUGAGUGCCUAACUCGUGCAGAUGGUUAGAUCACGGCUGAAAUUAUGGUAUCAUUGGAUAUCAUACACUUAUGGCCGUAGAAAGCAAUUCGAAAUGGU